AUGGCCAGCCCUCCCAUCUUCACGGCAAUAUCUACCUCUGCUAGGCAGUUGUAUCUCUUGCUUCGGUGCAUUGCUUUCUCUCAGCGCGCCGAGGUCGAGAUCACCCAACAAGGAAUCAAGUUCUCCGUGGAGGAAGCGCGAGUUGUUCAGGGCCUAACCUUUCUCGACAAGGCUCUGUUCUCGUCGUAUAAUCUGAGACUCAAUGACGAAAAUCAUUCAUUGCCCAUCUUUUCAGUCUCUAUUGUUGCUCUCCUCGAAACACUCCAAAUCUUUGGCAUUGCUGAAGCCACUUCCUCAGCUCGCAAUCCCUACGGUGGAUUUUCAUCCUCGUAUGGAAACGCCUUCAACACUCCGGCUCUGGCGCUUGGAGGCACAUGUCGAAUCUCUUACCAAGAGGCUGGCGCACCGCUCACUAUCACCAUUCAAGAGGGAUCAGUCACCACAACAUGCGACAUGAACACGUACCAAGCUCAUGACGAUUAUGGUGACGAUGGCGGUAUCCCCUUGGACCGGAACGCGUUGUGUUUGAAAGCAAUCAUGCGAAGUACUUGGCUGAACGACGCUAUUGGAGAGCUCUCGGGUACCAAUCCAACUGUUCUUGUAAUCAAUGCAUCAAGCCGUAAUGCCCCUUUUUUCUCAUUGGAGGGUGAAGGAGGCCCGUUUGGCGACAGCACUGUGAACUUUAUGCCUGAAUCGAAGCACGAGCCUACUCCCAGCGGACCAAGAGGAAAGAAGCAACCCUUGGUUACGGAAACAUUUUCGGUCGUUGCGCCAUCUGGAAGCCACGGCAGGGUCUGCCAGAGGUACAAGUUUGACAUGAUCAAAAGGGCAGGGAGGGUAAUGGCCUUUGCCAGCAAAGUCAGCAUUCGUCAGGAUCAACAAGGGGUACUUAGCCUGCAAUUCAUGAUUGAUUUGGGGGACGGUGCCAACGCUGGCCCACGACGAGAUGACAGUGCGACCGUCAAUGCACCACCUACGCCUGGCAGUGUUGCUUUUGUUGAUUUCAGAUUUGUUCCCCUUUUGGAUGACGAGGAGACCGGGAGUAACGGCGAGCUUGAAGAUGAGACGUCUGAAGACCUGGACCUGGAACCAGACAAUGAAAGUCCUUGA